AUGAAUAUGUUGGAUGAUGAAGAUGACCAAAGCUUUCACGCUACGCGUGACGGCUACUCCCAUUUGAGCGAUGUCGAAUGGGAUGCGGUUGAACGAAUGGGUUCGACCAUGGGCAUCCAUGCUGUUAGCGUCAUGCUAGAGGCUCUCAAUAGAGAUGCCCAACAUGCUACUAUCGCCAAGUUCAUUCAAAAUGAACUUGACGCAGAACGCGAGAAAGUAGCCUUGCUUCACCAACAAGGUUCUCAACAAGCAGAGUUGUUGAGAGAACAGGGUGCUCAACAGUUUGAACUGUUGAGACAGCAGCAGGCUGCUGCUGGCGGGUCGAUGCACUCGCGUCGACCCGAGACUUUGAAGAUUGACAUCUCAAAGGCGCGUCGCAUCGACGACGGGGAUAUGCAAGUUGCAUUUGCCCAGUCAAAUCUGGCAGGACGUGCCAAGACUUGGGCACUGGGGCUCAAGCUGCACGACCCAUAUGCGUUUGGGUCGUUGGAAGUCUUCAAGUCGCGGCUCAGACAAACAUUUGAACCGCCUAGAGCUGAGAUCAUGGCUCGAACCGAACUCUUGAAGCUCAAACAGGGUAAGCGUGAUGUGCACGCUUACGCGCAACAUGGUCUUGCGGAUGGUCCCGUCAAGACUCGCCUGUUCCGACUUGAACUAGAUUCACUAGAACAAGCCAUUUCCAUUGCGGAGCAGGAAGACUUCAGUCUGAGACAGGCUCGCGCCAGCUCGACAUCAUAUCGUCAACCGAGACGAUAUGACAACGGAGAGGUCCAGAGCCGAUGGAACUCUGUUAUGUAG